AUGCCGUCUGGAUCCCAAGUGUCAUGUACCGCACGGCCAUCAGCGACGCCAUCAGUAUCGCCCCGGCCCUCGACAUUCUUUUCCGUAAAACGGCACGCCGCGUCCUCCGCUUGCCACACGACCAUCCUAACUCCUGGUUCUACGACCACACCGAUGGCUUGGGCCUCGUCCACUGCGAAGCUUCAGCCACAGCCAAAGGCUGUACCAAUUCCUCCGGGUUGCCAACGAGGUGGCUCACCCGCCCACGACAUCCUCAUGGAAUCCCUUCAGUCCUACCAAACCGAGAGUGGCCUCACGGACCACCCACUCGCAUUCCGUAUCCCCCCACCUGCCUCCGACACUACGUUUAUUGGUACACUCCUCCGCGACCUCGCUACCUCCACCCCUGCCCUCACCAUCACCACCCAAUGGCACCAACCACCCACUAGCCGUCCCCAACGUCCCAACGACCGCCCUAUCUUGGCUCACCUCAUCCCAGCUCUCAGCACUACUCUCAUCUCCAUCAACCACUCCCACGCCAACAAAGUCCGGUGGGUCGGUGAUUUCACCAAUGAAAAGGGCACGAUGCUGCUCAGCCUUCCAUCAUUCUGCACCAAAUACGGCUGGAACCGCGCAACACUCAAACGCUUUUCCCCCAUCUGGGAUGCCAUCCCCACAGUCACACCACACAACCCCCUCUAUUCAGGCAACAGACUAUCCAGUGGGGUUCUCAACAUUCCGGCCAGCCACUACCUCUCCCCCCUCUGCCGACUCUACCACGGCCCCAUCUUCCCUACCUGGAUCAACCCCUAG